AUGGGUGAUGCCGAGAGGCGUCUCCUCGCGAAUGCCCUUCUCGACUUUUCCAACGAGUGGUUUGUUCUCGUGUCCGAGGCUUGCAUCCCAGUCCGCAACUUCAGCACCGUCUACCGAUACCUCUCUGGUACCCCACUGAGCUUCAUGGGCUCGUACGACGAGCCCGGCCCAUGGGGCCGAGGCCGCUACAAUCGGAAGAUGGCCCCGCUCGUCAACCUCACCAAUUGGCGCAAAGGGUCCCAAUGGUUCGAGGUCGAUCGGGAAUUGGCUGUGAGGAUUGUCCGAGACACAGUCUACUACCCAAAAUUCCAACGGUUCUGCCAGCCCGAGUGCUACUCGGACGAGCACUACUUCCCGACCAUGCUCACGAUCGAGUCCCCUCGCCAGUUGGCGAACAGGAGCCUCACGUGGGUCGACUGGUCGAGGGGCGGGCCCCACCCGGCGGCUUUCGGGCCGGAGGACCUCGGCGAGUGGUUUUUCAUGGAAAUCACCGAGCAAUGGGAGGGCUGCCUGUACAACGACCAGCCCACGUCGAUGUGUUACAUGUUUGCCCGUAAGUUUGCACCGAGCGCGUUGGAUUCGUUGAUGGGGAAUUCGAUCCAGUGGUUCGGGUUUUGA